CAGCUGAAAGUGACGGAAUGGAGCACCUGGUGCAGGUUUCACCAACCGGGCAAAACAUGGUCGGAAUUAGGUGUCGCAGAAAGAAAGAUUGCGAGAUGUGCACAACAGCAAUCUCGUCAAGGCUGAUGGGAGAUUUUGUCAAUCUGAGGAUUAGGUCUUCGAUGACCUGAAUCUUACGACCUCGCACAGUAGCGUGACUCCCGCAGGUCUAGAUUCCGAACUUCCCUCCGUUACAUUCUGAUUUCUCUUGGCUAACCAUGGGCUACUGAGCUCCAUGUUUUCCUUGUGUGAUCAAUAUUCCGGCGGAAUCUGCCGCCAGGUCUUGUGCUAGUUUAGCAACUCACUGUAGAGUUUAGCGAUGAUAGGUGCUCACGCUCUUUGUGGAGGAUACCUCCUCAAACCGCAUCUGUGAAGGGUGGCCAGUAAUGCUCUGCCCGUGCUGGGUAUUUCUGUAGCUUUUUUGCAUUGUCUACACAUUAUGUUGUGAAUCCUUUUUCAUGGUACGGUUUGUAGGGUCGUUGCGGUCGUGCACCUGCCCUUUUCCACACCGUGCUCCUGUGCAGGGAGCACCUUUACACACUUUUUUCCACACAUUAGUAAGACCUGUGAUGCUUCGGCCCAGUUUAAGGUUCGGUUGGGAGCUCUGAGACCAUACCUGCACCCGGUAGUCUCUCUUUGACAGAUCUAGGCCCAGGUCAACGACAGUGAUAUCAGAGUUCAAUCUCGUGUGACAUAGAGUUUGGGUUGUACUUCGUUUGGAACUCCGAAUUUGCGGGCUUCUUUCUGUGUGCAAAUCCGCCGCGAGAGUGGAAUGUGGGUUAUUCGCGCCCUUUUCACUGCCCAGCUGGAAGUUGGGAUCUGUGGGAUUGAACAAGUCGGAAGGAAGUAGUCACUCAGAGUUGAUCACCAUGGCCAAUUUUCCUUCAUUGCAAGUGUGGGCAGUGAGCAGUCCAGCGAUGGCUUACGUUUACUACGGAGUGAUGCGGUUGCCGAAAGGCCACUUGCGCCUUGCGGCGUCGCUGCCAUUGAUUGCAUUCUACGUGUUUGUGGCGAAGGGGUUUGAUACAGUAUUCGAGAGAUCGAUUUACUCGUUUUUCUUCAUUUGGCUGACGUCCUUCAAAAUCGUGUUGCUCUGUUGGGACGAUGGGCCUGCUUCCGACCCCUGGGCCAUAGCAUCGUUUCCUAGAUUCCUCGCUGUUAUGAACCUCUCCUUGCAAAUCAAACGAGAGAAGUUUAGUCAGAGGUUGAAGGGUCAUAGAAUAAAGUCGAAAUCCAGGGAUUCGAACAGUGCCGCAAUUCCCUCAGAUGUUGCAUUGAACGGCAACGAAUCUAAACUCACUGAACCCCAAAAACCUACAAAAUCAAGCUGGAGGUCACUUCUGAAGAGCGUGGAUGGAUCGCUUGACUGGCACAUGGUGGUUCUUAGGUUGUUGUUCAAGUUCGUAGUUGUAUUACUCAUCACUUGCUCUUACGCAUACCGUUCUUCGAUGCCCCUAGGGUUGCUCUACGUGAUCUACUCGUUCCACAUCUACAUUGUCGCCAGCCUGAUUUUUGAAGGCAUCGCAGCAAUUGUGUCGCCGAUGAUGGGAAUUGAGCUAGAGGCGGCUUUCGAUAAGCCAUUUCUAGCACAUUCUCUCUCAGAUUUCUGGGGUAAGAGAUGGAAUUUGUUGGUUAGUAAUCUUAUGCGUGUAUCUAUCUACGAUCCAAUGCUGCGAUUCUUGUUGUGGAAUCAGUCCGAGCACCAUUCAAGAACGGAACCUUCGAAUGGGGAGCAAUCUAGAAAUGGACCACCAUCCACUAUAUCAACAUCGAUUAUCUCCAAGCCGCCGCUGUGGGCGCGGUCGAUCGCGAUGAUGGCAGCAUUCUUAACAUCAGGCUUGAUGCACGAGCUGAUAUUCCAUAACAUGACGAGACAAAAGCCCACAUGGCAGGUGACAGUCUUCUUCACUCUGCACGGCGCUGCAACAUUGCUGGAGCUAGCAAUUCGCCGAAAGGUUGCCUUUCGGCCAUCCAAAUGGAUUUCCACGCCGCUCACGCUGGGCUUCACACUGCUCACGGCCGUCUGGUACUUCUACCCACCUCUUGUCGACAGCGGAACUGCCGAGGCAGUCAUCGACGAAUUCACAUGUUUCUUCCAGAAACUACACCAAUCCGUGGUGGGAUUGGUGGGAGGAUCUUAACACACAUACACAUUCACACAAGCUGGAUAAGGUCCAGUAGCAUAUCUCACCCUUGUGAACUCCGCCUUCAUCGGCUGUGUGAGUUGAAGAGGCUCUCGAAGCUCCCGACACGAAACAUGUCGUGGGAGACAGCAACAACACGAUUUCUUCAGCACCGAGAUCUCCACACUCUUCGCCCUCCAGGCAACAUCGAUCACCGCAAACCACCAUCAGAGUACAAAACCUGGUUCUUACGAGACCCACAGUUCCAAAUGCAUGUAAUUUUCAUUUGUGGCGCUCAUGGUGUGUUGUCCUCCAGUUGGUGGUUCUGCAUACCAUUUUAGCCCCGUUUUUGCAAUAAUUAUUUUGGUAGUUUUUAUAGUUUUGUUUUUACCCACCUCGGCGGAUUCUAUGUUGAAGAUUUGGCGUCUUGUGUGACUUGAAAUAUACGUUAAACAAACUCCAUCGCUGUGGCACAAUUCUGGUGCA